CGAUGCAUUCGAGCAGAGCUGGCUUGUGCUCCUCCACCAUGAGAGGCUUUAUUGGUGUCGCGAAAUGUGGCGCUAUGCCCUCUUCUUCUUUUUCUGCAGAGAAAGAAAACGUUAUGGAUGGCAAUCGUUGAAUCAUCACUCGUUUCAGGGAAAGAGAUAUCUGAUUAUCAUGCUAAAAACAAACUGGCAGACUGGUACGCGAAAUGAAAUGUGGAUCGGUUUACAACUCUACACUAAACACAACUUGUCAACUGUGAAAUGGAAAAUUGAAACAAUCCAAAAUGAUUUAUUUUCAAUUUCUAUGCUCCCCUUGUAUCUCGAUUUCAUGAACAAUGCCGUCAUUUGUGCUGUAACAUGCCAAACGAGAGCCCAUCCAAACGGAGGAUAUUUUUAAUUAUUACCACCACAGCCACUGAACAACUCGAAUAAAAUGAACGAGUCUGAAGGAAGGUUGGAAUAAUUAGACUAACCGAGAUUGCAAACAGGAAACGAAUCAUGUUUCAUUUUAAUAUGAUACAUAUAGUUAGUCACAGAAGUCUUGACAGACAAAUCCAACUAAUAAAUUGUAUUAUCAAAACCAGCAAUAAUUCUGUUUCAUAUGAAACACUGUAAACAGAUCACAAUAAUCUAAAACUCUUCUUUUAUUUCUUUCUUUAUUUAUUAAAUAAAAUGUUAAAAUUUCAA